AUGUCUAAUUCCUCUGACCAGUGUGCUCUUGAUACCGAUGGAAGGCUGAAACCCGCAGCGCAAAUUGACUUUUACUUUGACAAAGAUGACAAUGUACCAAUGGCUGGACCAACCGUGGCUACCAAAGGACAGAGUAUGUGUUCAUCUCUCUCUGUGCUGAACACCAGCAGACGUCUGAAGGAGCUCUUGGAUGCUGAAAAGCGAGACGAGCAUGGACAACUCACAGUCCCACCAAAGACAUGCCGCCGCACCAAGAGGAAGAAAGGGAAACGGAAGACACAAGCUAAACCCAAGGAAACAACUGAUGGCACAGCAUCAGAAUCCAGUGACAGUGCCUUUGCUACCAACGACGAGUCAGAGACUUGCACGGAUAUGUCGGACUCAGAACGUGAAGUCACAAACAAUGAGAUUGCCAAUAUCCUUGUCUUGAAGACUGUCCCCGAUAAUGUGCAGAGCAAGCAGAAGUGUGUUACAGUGGAAGAGAUUGAGGAUGACAAAAACACUGCUAGUAUCUCUGACAAGACCAAGAAGGCCCGCCGCUAUAUCAUUGAGGAUGAUUCCGAGGAUGACGAUGAAGAGGCUGGCUGUGGGCACCUGUGGAAUAUUCUAGGGGGAGCGAUUAUUCCUAAUGCGAUCCAACUAUACUUCAAUAUCUUGAAGAGUUUCUCUUAUUCUCAGCGCUCUUAG